UUAAACCAAAUCAAAGACUUCUAUUCAACAGGAGCAGUGAGAUCUCCCAGAUUGUUUGAUAAAAUAUAGAAAAGCCUCAAGAUUACUUAUUUCAAUAAUGAAUAGUGAAUUUGAACAUUUCAUUUUUUCAUAUCCUCUUACAGAAGCAUCAGUAAAGGAUCCGAUGACUGGCAUGAACGGAAACGAACCGAAGCCUGGAGACCUGAUUGAGAUCUUCCGUAACGUCUAUGAGCACUGGGCCGUGUACGUUGGUCAGGGCUUUGUUGUUCAUCUUCUGGGACCAGAUGGAACUCUUUCCUCCAGCAACAUCAACCUUCCCAUCGGGAAGAACAACGUACUGAAACAGAAGCUGCUGGAGGUGGUGAGCACUGACUGCUGGACAAUCAACAACCUGCUGGACCAUGAGAAGCGACCCCGCCCUGCAGAGGUCAUAGUGAGCGAGGCAAACAAACUUGUGGGCACAACUCGACCAUACAAUGUCUUGGACUACAACUGUGAACAUUUUGCAACUGAGCUGCGUUACGGAAACGCUGAGUCACAGCAGGUAGGACCGACUACAGGGGAAACCAAGGCAGGAUACUGGAGGAAGAUAGAGUUUGGUUUGUUAGAGAUCAGAGUUAGUCUGAGAAAUUAAAAAACUGCUCCCUGGAGAAAGUAGAAAAAAGAGUGAACCCCAGAGCAGCUGGAGCCAACAUCAGCGUGUGAGUGUGAAUGUGUGAAUGACUGAAAGUAGUGUAAAGCGCUUUGGUCAAGUCUUCUGACUUGAAAAAGCACCAUAUAAGUACAACCAUAUCGGCUGAGACAGAUAUUAUUUGAUGAGAGUCUAUACACCCUUCAAUUAAACUUUGGAUUUUCUUUUAUCGUUUAGUUUUGCUUUCAUUUCUUGAUACCUUUUAUGUUGUUGAACACUUUUAAACCUUGUGUAAUUUUCUACCAUUUUCCAACCAUGUAACAGGAUGUGAAAUGUUUAUUCUGCAUCCAUCAAACCU